AUGGUCAGGGCUGCAGGCUUGGCCCUGGCGUCCACUGCCCCUUUCCCGCUCACACAGUGUGGCGACUCUGAGACAGGCCGCUCACCACCACUGGAACUUGAGGCCUGGGCUUCCGCCAAGCUGUGGACAGAAGCCCGUCCCAGCCAGGACCCGCUCCUGUUCCUGCAGGCCCUGCAGACGCUGUGGUCCACGCGGGAGCUGCGGCAGGGACAGCCUGUCUGGCCACCGGGAGAUGCGUGCGGCCUGGGCCUGGAGGGCGGCUUUGCCCGAAGCUUCCACCUCACUCGUGUCAUCGUGGCUGCCGGCCUGAGGUCCCCCGCGGUUCUCGAGACUCUCAGGCCUUGCCCGCCUGGCAUGUCCACCAUGGGCACAGGACUCCUCGGCCAGGUCUGCCCCAGCACCGUGACCCCAGCUGCAGCCCCCGCGCCCCGCUCCCCAGCCGAGGCUGGCUCUCUGGGCUCCCAGUGCAGUUCGAGGCUGAAGCAGCUGUAGGCCCGUGCGGUCAGGGUCCUCGCUGAGAGCCCCCCUAGUCUCGUGGAGCCGCUGGUCAGCAUCCUCCAGCUGCAGGAUGCCGACCAGACCCUGCUGACUCACAUCCACCAGCUUCACCAGGAGGGCAAGUUCAAAGAAGCUGUUAUGCUGGGCUUGAAGCUGAAGCUGCAGCUCGAACUUGAUGUUGAAAAGGUAAAUGGGAGCACCCCACUGCUCCUCCAGGACAAGGUGACCCUCGUGGAGCAUUAUGUAGCCGGCUUCCCGGACCUCCAGAGGAGGCUGCUGGCCCUCCUGGACUCCUGGUGCCAGCCCAGCUCUGACGUCAGAGUCGUGGCCAGACAGCACCCACAGGUGACCUCCUUGAGGCUGGAGAGGCUGAAUCCCAGAGUGCUAAGUCGGCAGGUCCUGAGCCUGCUGGAGCAGCAGGGCCUGGACCAGAGAAGCCUGUCUCGGGAGAACCGGACUGGCCACGUGCAGCUCCAUCCUAGGACGGCUGAGGUGCCUUUCCAAGACCGGAGGGAUGAUUACUACCAGCUGCCCAUCGCCGGGGAGGACAUCCUCUUCCCGGCCUCCUGGCACCUGGCCCGAGGAGGAGCUCCUGCAGCCCCUGGAUGGGCCUCCCCUGCUCAUCCCGGCUCUCUACAGCCCGGCCAGGUGGUUGGUGUGGACCUGGAGUGGCGACCCUCAUUUGGCACAGGGGGCCGGCCCCGGGCAUCCAUCAUGCAGCUGGCAGCGGAGGGCCGUGUGUUCCUGCUGGACCUGCCUGUGCUCUCACGGCCACCAGGAGGGCAGGUGUCCCAGCUGCUCUCGGACCCCUCCGUCACUAAGUUGGGUUAUGGGAUGGCGGGGACUCGGAGCCUGGGGGCUUCCUGCCCCGCCCUGGCUCACGUGGAGAAGCAGCUGCGGGGCGGUCUAGACCAGCUGCAGGUGCACAGGCAGCUGCGGGUGUUGGACAAGCCAGCUCUAGGCAGGGGUGAGGCCAGGCUGCGGGGCCUCAGCCUCCCGGUGCAGCAGGUGCUGGGCAAGGCCCUGGACAAGGCACAGCAGCUCUCUAACUGGGACCGGCGGCCGCAGCGGGGGCAGCCGGUUUAUGCAGCUGCCGACGCCUACCGCCUGCUGGAGGUGUACCAGGCUCUGUGCAGAGAGCCCAGCUUCUACCCGUCUGAGGACCUGGCCAGGAGCCUGAGGCCAGGGUGCAGCGAGAGACCAGGGGCCCAGGAGCCACCCAGCCUGCAGGAGGCCUCAGUCUUGGCUUGGCAGGUUGCCAGGCAGGAGGGAAGGAUCAUCUUGCCAUCAGGGCUGCCGUACCACAAGCUCCGGGCCCAGGUCGGGGCUGGGCGCUGCCUCUAGGCAGACCGCUCCCUCAAGGCUGCAGCAGGCCGAGGCCGCGCUCAAGCCUUUCACGUACAUGGCGCCCACGCAGGCAUCUUCAGCCGCUGCCAGUGCUGGGGAGGGGUCGUCUCCGGCCAGGCCCCUGGGACCUGA